AUGCUAUCACAAGGGGAAAUGUUAAAGAGUCGAUCAAGAACCAGGCUUCAAAAGGAGCCCCAGAACGAUGCAGAGAAUAAAGGUACAUGGUACAAGAUCACGCUGAUAUUGACGUGCCUGAUCCCUAACUUCAUGCUCAGGUGUUUUGGAAUGACAACACUAGAGAUACAGCAUGCAUGGAGAGAAAAGGUUGCGCUGUGUAUAUGUAUAUUCUUUUCUUGGGUUGUACUUACUUUCAUGACAUAUGGAAUGAACACGAUAGUCUGCAGAGGAAACAACAAAUACAUUGCUUCCAGCAUGCGCCCUGAUGCAUUUAGUGGACGAGUUGUGAUAGCAAAUGGCGGGAUAUACUAUACGGAUGGAAACCAUGAGUUUGGAGAAAACCAGACACACAUGUUUAACAAAAGCAGUGUAUCAUGUAAGCUUGCAUUCGGACGACAGCUGAUGAGUGGAUCAAUGGACAUGGACGAUUUGGAGAGAAUAGAUGAUAUUUAUUGGGAUUGGGCAGACAUAACAAGGAAGAAGAUGAUCGUUGUGAACAGCAAAGUAUAUGAUCCUUCGUACUGCACAGAGCCGAUGUUUGAGGAGUUCAACGAGAAGUAUGCAGGAGCGGAAGGAAAACCUGAUUUUGAAGCGGAUGAGUGGAAAUGCUAUCAAGACAUGUUUUAUGCAGGAAAGGUGGCUACAAAGACACCUGGGUGCCUUCUUGCAGAUACGAUGUUCUGGAUAUCUACGAUAUCGAUCUUUGGGCUGAUCAUUACGAAGUUUUCUCUAGGGCUAUUUUACUCAUGGUACAUGAAGAAGCGAGCAAAGCCAAGUGCAAAGGUAACGCCUUGUGUGUUAUUGGUUACAUGCUACAGCGAAGGACGGGAAGGAAUUAAGAAGACACUGGACAGCCUUUGUAAGCAAGAUUAUGGAUACGACAAUAAAUUGAUUAUUGUUGUUUGUGAUGGAGAAAUAACAGGAUCUGGAAAUGAGAUGAGCACACCGGAGAUUGUACUGAGCCUUUGUGAAGUGAAUAGAAAUGCCGAGCCAAAAAGCUAUGUGUCCUUGACACACGGAUCUAAGAGAUACAACAGAGCAAAGGUGUAUGAAGGAUAUUAUCAUGUAAAGGAAGAAGCAGAAGAGGAAGGAUCGCCUUGGUCAUGUUGUGGCAGACAAGAUAUUUACAGAGAAUGCAAGGAAUACAAGACCAGGAUUCUUGUGAUUAAUAAGUGUGGAAAUCCAGACGAGGUGUUUAAGGCAGGAAAUAGAGGAAAGAGAGAUAGCCAGGUGAUUCUUAUGUCUUUUUUCUCAAAGCUUAUAUAUAGGGACAGGAUGACUGAGUUAGAGUUUGAAAUAUACAGGAAGAUUAAGAUACUAAUGCCACACAUUGAACCUGAGGACUUUGAAUGUAUUCUUAUGGUGGACGCAGAUACUAUUGUUAAACCUGAUGCAUUAUCUGUGAUGGUGAAUGUUUUUGAGACGGACCCCAAGGUGAUUGGAGUGUGUGGCGAGACUAUGAUUCUGAACAAGCUUGAGAGCUGGGUUACGAUGAUUCAGGUAUUUGAGUAUUACGUAAGCCAUCAUCUAAGUAAGACGUUUGAGUCGGUAUUUGGAGGAGUAACAUGCCUUCCAGGAUGUUUCUGCAUGUACAGGAUCAAGAUUGUGACUAAUGCACAUGGAGAAUUGCUUUCUGGGCCUUUGAAGACACAUGUAGCGGUGUCUAAGAUCAGUAAUCCGAAGCAACUCUUUGGAGCAUCUGUUGAGAAGAAUCUUUGUCUUCCGAUUCUUGCACAUCCGUUUAUUAUAAAUGCGUACUCUGUGUUUGAGGCAAAGACGCUGCAUCAGAAGAAUCUAUUACAUCUUGGAGAGGACAGGUAUUUGACGACGCUGCUUCUGAAGAACUUCUACAAGCGUAAGCUUGUGUUUAUACCUGCAGCGAAGUGCGAGACGUAUGUUCCUGGAGAGUUCAGUGUUCUUCUAAGUCAGAGGAGAAGAUGGAUCAACUCCACAGUGCAUAAUCUAUUUGAGCUUGUGCGUGUGAACAACUUAUGUGGUGUUUUUUGCUGUUCGAUGCAGUUUGUUGUUGUAAUGGAGCUGUUCGGGACGUUGGUGUUACCGGCUGCAAUAGUCUUUACGUUUGUAAUGAUAGCGGUGUCGAUUCUGAUUGAACCUGCAUGGGUUCCUCUGAUUAUGCUUGGCGGUAUUUUUGGAUUACCUGCUGUUCUUAUCUUGAUGACAACGAUGGAGUUACAGUAUGUGUUCUGGUGCAUAGUGUAUGUAUUGUCGAUUCCUAUAUGGAACCUUGUGCUACCGACUUAUGCUUUCUGGCACUUUGAUAACUUUACGUGGGGAAACACAAGGAAGGUAGAUGGAGAUGGAGAGGAGGAUGAAGAUGGGGAAUUUGAUCACUCGAAGGUCAAGGUUCGUGAACUAGAAGAAUUUCUAAGCGAAGAAUGUAAAUGA